AGAAAUGGGUAACCGGUGAUGGACGUAUAAUAAAAUGGUAUUUAUGACAACAUUUAAUUAAUACCUAUCAUUUCUUUUUCGUACUCGUUCACGAAUAUAGGAGGAGGAGGAGGAGACAAUCAUAAUCAUUUGUUUGUUUUGAAAGAAGAAGGGUAGGUGUUUGGUGGAUCACACGGUCCAAAUUUAUUAUCAUCUAUCUAUCUGAUAACUAACUUAAACUUAAACUUAUUGGGUAUAUAGUUAGCUCCGUCGGUCCAUCCCCUGCCUCAUAUUUGCCUAUCUGUAUUGUAUUCGAUUUCGCCAUGAAGGGAAUCCUUGGCGGAAGUUUGCUCCUCCUGCUGCUGGCGGUUUACUGUGGAGUGGACCCCUUCCGGCACAGCGCAAUCGCUGAUUUUCCCGACUUCGAGGCCGUCCACGUGGACAUGGCGCCGUGGUCUCAAGUGCCCAAGGAGAAAGACUCUCAGAAUUUGCUAGUAAACUCGGAGAUUAAGUUUCUGAAUGAGGUUCAAGGACCUGAGAGCGUUGCUUUCGAUCCGCAGGGGCGUGGUCCCUAUACCGGCGUUGCUGAUGGUCGGAUUCUCUUCUGGAACGGCAAAUCUUGGUCUGAUUUUGCUUACACUUCCCCAAAUCGGUCAGAGAUAUGUGAGCGGAAACCAAGCAUCAUGGGUUACUUAAAGAAUGAGCAUAUAUGUGGGAGACCCUUGGGGCUGCGGUUUCACAGCAAAACUGGUGAUUUGUAUAUUGCAGAUGCCUAUUUUGGGUUGCUAAAGGUUGGGCCUGAUGGUGGGCUCGCCACACCUCUAGUAACCGAAGCCGAAGGACUUCCUCUAAAAUUCACAAAUGAUCUGGACAUUGAUGAUCACGGAAACGUAUACUUUACAGAUAGCAGCACAAAGUAUCAGCGAAGGAACUUUAUGCAUUUAGUUUUCUCAGGAGAAGACAGUGGUCGACUUCUGAAAUAUGACCCCCUCACAAAGAAGACAAGUGUUCUUCGUCGCAACCUCCAGUUCCCUAAUGGCGUGUCCCUAAGCAAGGACGCUUCUUUCUUCAUAUUUUGCGAGGGCUCCAAAGGCAGGUUAAUAAAGUAUUUUAUAAAGGGGGAGAAAGCAGGGACGUCCGAAGUAUUUGCCAUUCUACCCGGCUUCCCGGACAAUGUGAGGACGAAUGAAAAAGGUGAAUUUUGGGUGGCAAUUCAUACUCGUCGGUCUAUGUACAGUUACAUAUGCGGCAUGUUCCCAAAACUUAGAAUGUUUUUGCUAAAACUACCUAUCCCGAUCAAGUAUCAUUACCUGCUGACCGUUGGUGGUCGGCUUCAUGCUAUAGUUAUCAAGUACAGCUCGGAUGGCAAGAUCCUACAGGUAUUGGAGGACGCACAAGGUAAAGUGGUGAAAGCUGUUAGUGAAGUUGAGGAGAGGGAUGGCAAGUUAUGGAUGGGGAGUGUCUUGAUGUCAUUUAUUGCGGUAUAUGAUUUGGACUGAAUACUAUUUAGGCCUAACUCUGAAGGUCACGAGGUUGCAAACAUUCAGCACGACUGUGCUUGGCAGUCUUUGGUGAUUUUCUUGCAAUUCCCCCUUUUCAUUCUUUUUCACUGAGGCAUCGAAUACAAUUACAAAUUCACAAAAGGGAGUGACGAAGUAUCAAAUUGAGUGAAGAUGCAUCCGAAGUCUUUGGUCAUUUUCUGCAAUUCCUUCAUUUUUCAUUCCUUUUUCACCGAGACGUCGAAUACAAUUACAAAUUCACAAAAGGGAGUGAUUAAGUAUCAAAUUGAGUGAAGAUGCAUCCGAAGAUGGCAAAUAUGGAGAUACAUAUGUAUAAAAUGUAUGUUUAAUUUGUGUUAUAUCAUAUAUCCCCACACUAGAACUUUUGUU